AACACCCUCGAGCUUUUCGCCUUUGGAGGGUGCUCGGCAUACGGCAGGAACAGGGCCAGAUUCAUCGAGCUAUCCGAGAAAAGUAAACGCAAACUAGUGAUGCUUUCGGUCUUGUCAGUGAUGAAUAGUAACGUGGGCAACAGCGUGGCAUUCGAGGAGGUUUUGCGUGUGGUCCAUCCACUAGUGACUGACUUCGAUGCCCUAGAACAAGUGGUGAUCCUGAUGGUCGAUUGCCAGGCAGUGAGCGUGAGGAUUGACGAAGAGAAAAAAGCCCUACGAGUGAUGGACACGCCCGUGUUGCGUGAUGCCUACAACGAGGGCCUCUACAAAUUGCGGGUGUUGGGAAACGACGAUCUCUUGGCAAUGCCCGUGGGCCGCGCCAGGGAUAUCCUACGCAAAUGG